AAUUUUCAGUUGCCGUUCAUCAUUCGCUCCGAUCACAGCGGACAGUAAACUUCGCGAUUGGUGGUGGAUUCCUUCGCGCAAUCAAUCCGCGGCGGUAGCACUCUUUAGCUGCUUCCAACUAGUGGCUCGCACCCUCGGUUCUCCGAUUCGAUGACCUGCUUAUCAACAGUCAGUGUGUGCUGUUUGUCGCGCGGAAUGUGAAUUCGCGAGUGAUUUGAGGAAAAGAGUUUUGUGGGUGGAAUCGCGCGCGAUUCGGAACAUCCGGAAUCCAUCAGCAGUGGAGCAGCUGGUGCUGCUGCUGCCGCAGCAUUAGGAAGUAAAAUCCAGUUUAUGUAGACCACUCAUCGGGGAAAAAAAGAGUCAAGUGCAGAGUGAACGAAAAAAAAAAUGAAAGUGAAAGCGUCCUCCUCCGCUGUUCAGUUUCUGGCGCUUCUUGAGUGAAGUAGUGCGCUGCUCCAGCUCCAGCUCUUUUGUGGGGACGGUCGCAUUUGAAGAAAGUGUAAAUAAACGUCUUUCAAUUGAAUUGGUGGGGAGUUUCGGAAGCAAUUAGUGCCGGGAAGAGGCUUCCAGAAGUGCGGUUCAAAUUUGAAGAGUGGAAGAAAAGGCAGCAGCAAAGGAGCGAAUACGCUGUACACAGUGAACGGCAAGACGUGUCAAGGGUCAGACCGUGCGAGUGCUGGGGGGAUUAAGUAAACAUAAUCGGAGGAGCUUCUCUUCCCUUUCCCCCGCGGGAGGCAAGUCGUUGGACACACCAACCGCAGUGUGUCAGUGAGUGAGUGAAGUGAAGUGUGAAAAAGUGCGAUCCAGGAGCAGCAGCUAAAAGCAGCCGUCGUCAAUCGUCGUCGUCGUCGUCGUCCUCGUAGUCGGCCGUCUUCACGGCACCUCUGGAAGAUGGAAAAUACGGGCUCGCUGCCGUUUCUUCUAGUCACGGCCAACGUCGGCAGUGUAUUCGAGGACCCCUCCCGUCUCCUCAACAUUUGGAUCCAGGAAUUUCUCAGCAAUGUGGCCAGCCGGAGGCCGGCCUUUAUUGCGCUGCACUUGCAAGAGGUCGGCGGCAAGACGUACGAAAAGUCCAUGGAGUACGUGCAGGAGUUCAUCAAGAAUCUGUGCGAAUCGGCCGAACUGGCCGACUACAACCGGAUCCGGGUGUACCUGGAUGAGGACUACAACUCGGCGGA